AUGACCAAAAAUAACAUCGUGGUGCUCGGGGCCGGGGUGUCUGGGCUCACGACCGCCUACCUUCUGUCCCAGGAUCCCAGCAACUCCGUCACCGUCGUGGCCAAGCAUAUGCCGGGAGACUAUGAUAUUGAAUACUGUUCACCCUGGGCUGGUGCCAACUACCUUCCAACCGGACAGCCUGGCACCAACCAUGCUAAAUGGGAGCGAGCGACCUGGCAGCCAUUAAAGGAACUGACCGAGAAGCAUCCAGAGGCUGGAAUCCACUUCCAAGAAUCCAUCGUUCACAACCGGAAAAAGGACCAGGAAACUACGACCGGUAAAUGGUUCUCAGCCCUGGUCAGCGAGAACCCCUGGUACAAAGACGUUGUCCCUGAUUUCAAAAACCUUCCAAAAGACCAAUUGGCGCCCGGUGUUGACAACGCGCAGGUCUUCACCUCAGUCUGCAUCAACACUGCGGUAUAUCUACCCUGGCUAGUCGGCCAAUGCCGUAAGAACGGCGCAGUGUUCAAGCGGGCAGUGUUCAAGCAUGUCUCAGACGCAGCGAAUGCUCACCAUUCCGGGCAACCCGCCGAUAUUGUCGUGAACUGUACCGGCCUAGCAUCUAAAAAGCUUGGCGGUGUCCGCGACGACAAGCUCUACCCAGGUCGUGGACAGAUCGUCAUUGUCCGCAACGAUCCUGGUAAAAUGGUUUCCAUGUCAGGCACUGAUGACGGUGAGGAUGAACUCAUGUACAUGAUGACCCGUGCAGCUGGCGGCGGCACCAUUCUAGGUGGCUGCUACCAGAAACAUCAGUGGGACCCAUUGCCUGAUCCUAACCUUGCCGUACGCAUCAUGAAGCGUGCCAUUUCCAUUUGUCCGGAGCUGGUAGGUGAGGGCCAGGGGAUUGAAGGGCUAGACAUUAUUAGGCACGGCGUGGGCCUGCGUCCUUUGCGUGAUGACGGGCCGCGUAUUGAGGCGGAGAUGAUUGAGGGUGUUGCGGUCGUGCAUAACUAUGGACAUGGAGGAUUUGGGUAUCAGGCUUCGUAUGGCUGUGCCGCCGAGGCAGUGCGGUUGGUGAAAGACACUUUGCAGAAGAAAAUCCGAGCGAAGUUGUGA